AUUAAUCGAAAACACGUAGGCGCAUGCGCAGUAAAAUUCAUUUACUUAGUGUACGAAUAUAACGGUAACUGAGAAUCUCUGAUUGGUAGAGCAUUCGUUUAGAAUGUGGCAAAAGUGACAGUUCAUUAAAAUAUACGAAAAAAGGAUUUUAAAAUUUAUAUAAUUUAAAUUUUAUAAUACAAUGGAUCCAGCAUUACUUCGAGAACGAGAGCUCUUUAAAAAAAAAGCUCUUACUACACCAACGUAAAUAUUAUUUAUGGUUUUUCUUUCUUAACCUCUAAGUUUACAGAAACAUACUUAUCUUUACAAAAAGUAGAAAUUAUGUUUAAAAUAUAUAUGGAAUAUAAAACAUUCUGUUAUUUUAAUAUUCGGAAUUUAAUCUAAAUAUUUCGAUUGAAUUAUAUGAUAGAAAAGAAAAGAAAGGAACAAGAAAAAGAUAUACGAGAUGAACCUUUUAAGAAAAAACCUAAACCAUCAUCUGUGUCUAAUGGACCAAAACUGGAUAUGGUUAAUUAUAAAACUAUGUCUGGUAGUACGCAAUAUAAAUUUGGUGUUCUAGCUAAAAUUGUAAAACAUAUGAAAGCUAGGCAUCAAGAAGGAGAUGAUCAUCCUUUAACAUUAGAAGAAAUUUUAGAUGAAACAAAUCAAUUAGAUGUUGGAUCAAAGGUGAAACAAUGGCUUCAAACGGAAGCUCUUGUUAAAAAUCCAAAGAUAGAAGUAACUUCAGAUGGUAGAUUUGUAUUUAAAGCUAUGUAUAAAAUUAAAGAUAAGAAAUCUCUCUUAAGAUUAUUAAAGCAACAAGAUUUAAAAGGGCUUGGUGGAAUAUUAUUAGAAGAUAUACAAGAAAGUCUGCCUCACUGUGAUAAACAUUUAAAGAGUCUACAAAAUGAAAUAUUAUUUAUAACAAGACCUUUAGAUAAAAAAAAGAUAGUAUUUUAUAAUGAUAAGACUGCACAAUUUCCAAUAGAUGACGAAUUUCAAAAAUUAUGGAGAUCUGUUGCAGUAGAUGCAAUGGAUGAUCAAAAAAUCGAUGAGUAUUUAGAGAAGCAAGGAAUACGAUCUAUGCAAGAUCAUGGUCCUAAAAAACCUGCUCCGAUUAAACGAAAAAAACCUAUUAGUAAAAGAAAACAAUUUAAAAAACCAAGAGAUAAUGAACAUUUAGCAGAUGUUUUAGAAACAUACGACGAUACAAAGUAAAUAUUUCUCUAAUUUUGUAUAUAAAGUGAAUCUAUGACUCAAUGUUAAAGAGCUAAAAAUGUUUUAUUACGUGAAUAUUAUUAAAUAAGAAAAAUCUUCUAUUUUGAAGUUAAGAUUUUUUAGUGUUACAUAUCACAGUGAUAUAAUAAAUAAGUAAAAUAUUUAUUGUCAUAAUUUCAUUAUAAGUACAAAAUAAAUAUAGAUUAAUUA